CAGACUGCCAGUCGCUCGGCGUUCGUUCACCGACGAACCCCCUCAAGUCCUAGCGGCGACGACGAAACAAUGAGGACUAUUUCCCGCUAAUUUCGCAGAGCUUAAAAAUUCACACCUAAAAUUCAAUCGAAAAAAUAUAUUAAACAAAAUUUUCCGACCAAAUAAAAAAUAGGAAACAAUUAAACAAAGUUUAAAAAAAAAACAUUUAGCAAAAAUUUUAUUAAAAAUUAUCCACCCCCCCAAGAAAAAAAGAAAAACAUAUGCAUGUCCCAUUCAGUGAACUCUCGAGUAGUUUCAACAAGUUGAGAAAUCGAUAAAGGAACCUAAAACAAAGAGUGAAACAUUUUUUUUCUUAAUAGCUUGUGAAGAUAAAAAUGUGAUAUUUUAGUAUUAGGAAAUAGAUGAAAAGUGGAAUAGUGACAGUUAGUGAUUUUUUUGUGUGAUUAGAAGAUAUUGUGGAGAGUGAAAUUUUUGAACCAAAAGUGGAAAAAAAAAUUUUAUCCAAAAAUAACAUAAGUUUCUUUUUAUAAAAUAAUUAUUGUCACUUUCUUAUCUAUUAUCUAUUUUCCUAUAUCUAAAUUCCAAACCGGAAAGAGGAGGAGGAGGAGGGUCUCUUGAAACCCCCGAUGAGAAUCUCACGUUGAUUUCCCAAAGCACGAGAGCAACAUCCGCAAGGAUCAGACGAGUACGUGAAGAAUAGAGCUAUAUACUUGGCAAGAAAAAUACACGUUCUUUUCAGGAAGCAAGUGAAUCGCACUAUGAAAAAAGGUAUUUGAUAUCAUCGACUUGCCCUGAUAUGAGAAGAAGGAUUUUGAUCUUUUUUGGGGGAAAAAAAUAUUGCCUUGAGUUUCCUUCUUGAAUGGUGAGAUUAAAGGAGUUUCCUGACUUCUCGCAUAUGACUGAAAACGUGAGAUAUCGAUUACAUAUAUAUAUAGGAAGAGAGAGAGAGAGAGAGAGAGAGAGAGGGACAGAUAUAUACAGAUAUAUACAGAUCGAGAAAAUUGGUCGAGCGGUUAAUCUUUGAGAGCUCAAGAGUUUCGUUCCGUUCAAUGGACUUGGAUGAGAAUUACAGCAUGAGUAUAAAGUCAAAGUGUGUGUCGAAAGUCACGACUCAACUGUGGAUUUGAAGCACACUUACUAAAAGGACGUGCGCUUUUAAAAGGAUUGAGAAAUUUUCUCUAAGGUGGUGGAAUUUAAACCUUUGACUUGCCGUUCGAUCGCUAUCUCUCUCUCUCUCUCUCUAUUAAUAAUGCCACGAGACUCAUUAUCGAUCGAUGUGGUGUAUAAAAGGGAAUAAAAAAAAGAAGUGGAAAUUACAGAAGCGCGCGCGAUAAUUAAGAAAAGAAAAAGAAGAAGGGAUGGAAUCUCUUGUUGCCGAUGGAAUUUCAUUUCAUAUAAUAUCCACGGAAUCGACGAGACCGGAAGAGAAUAAAACGCGCUGAUCCUCUUCUUAAGGACCGUAAUCCUUUAGUCUGGGAUUCACGUCCCCCAUCGACGAUCGCGACGAGAUUUAAAAGAAGUGGAAUAAAAAGAAGAGGAAAAAAAAAUAAAACCAAAGGAUAUAUAGUAAAAAAAAACGCAAGUAUUGAAGGAGAAAACUAGGAGAAAUAAAAAUGUCAAGUAAAGGCAGGAAGCCAUCACGGGUGAAAAGGGCAAAGAUUUCGUGAUUGGCUGAAAAAUAAAGAGCUGAGAGAAAGAAAAGGGUUUUCCGAGAGAUAAAAUGGAAACUCCGAAGGAUGUAUUACAUAGAUCGCUGGUUCAAAAUAUCAGCAUCUCUAACGACCUUUGGUAUUUGGAUGAUCCACCAGGAUUUGCUGGUGGUGGAAGACAUAGGAUCAUUAAUGACGAGAUUAAUUUUAAUUUUUUACGCAAUGACUCGAAUGACUUGAACUAUCAAGUUGAAUGGUUGAAUGAUCCAGUUGAAGCAUCUGUGACACCACCACUUAAGAAGAUCACAUCCCUAGAGAAACAAACAAUGGCAACUACAGCUGAAAAUUUAACAAUCAUGUCGGAUUUAUUUAUGUUCGAUGAUAUUAAUGAGUACAUUCGAAAGUUUAAUUUAAGCUCAAAUUUAACGAAUUAUGGAUGUACGAGUUUUAAUUUAAGUAAUUGCGCGAAUAGUACGUCUAGUGAUGGGGAUAAAGAGGAAGUUAAUAAUUGGUGGGCUUUGAUAUUAGUUGUGGUGCCGUGUCUCACCCUAUUUGGUAAUGUCCUCGUUAUCUUGGCUGUUAUGAGGGAAAAGGCUCUUCAAACUGUCACCAAUUACUUCAUCGUCAGUCUAGCAUUGGCCGAUCUUCUGGUUGCAGUUCUGGUUAUGCCCUUUGCUGUUUAUGUUUUGGUAAGUCAAAUUUUUUUUAACUUUUCUCAUUGUAUGUUAUGUGUAUAUGAAUAUUAA